AUGCCGUCGAGUGAAACUCCAGAAAUGAAGUCAUGCUUCAUUGCCUUCCUAACUCCCGAGUUACAAUUUCAUCGUUUCGUGUUUGCUCUAAGAGAUGCUGGGAGUUUGGCUGAGAAUGCAACAGCUUAUGUAAGCCUUGAACCAUGCAACCAUUAUGGAAGGACUCCUCCCUGCACAGAAGCAUUAAUUAAAGCAAAAGUGAAGCAGGUGGUUGUUGGCAUGGUGGACCCUAACCCAGUUGUUGCGUCAAAAGGACUGGAAAGGCUGAAAGCAUCAGGAAUUGAUGUUGUAGUUGGUGUGGAAGAGAAGCUGUGCCAGAAACUAAAUGAAGCAUAUAUACAUCGAAUGCGUACAGGAAUUGUCACUUUAAGAUAUUCACUUUCACUAAAUGGGAGGAUGUUAAGUCAUCUCGGGAAACGAGCAGAAGAACCAGGCGGAUACUUUUCAAAAAUGCUACAAGAAUACGAUGGCAUCGUGAUCUGCAGUGAAUUCUUAACCAGAACCUCCACUCUUCCUAUAUCUCUUGAACCUGGAGCCAACCAGCCUUUCCAUAUAAUUAUAGCCUGGAACAUAUUUUCUCUGGAUCUUCCAACCACCAUCAUCAACUCUGCAUCUCAUAUCAUAAUCAUGGCAGAUAAAAGCAUUAGUGUAGAACCAAAGUCUGAGAAAGUUGAAACUGUAUUGCUCGAGCAGAUGUCACUGACUUCGGUCUUAGAUUAUUGCGGACGCCGCGGGUUAUGCAGUAUCGUAGUAGAUAUCAGGGAGGAUGGUGGAUCUGUCACAGAACUUCUUGAUGGCAGUUUUGAAGCAGGAUUGGUGCAGAAAGUUGUGAUGGAAGUCUGUCCUGUUUGGAGCGGGAGCAGUGAUGCCUCACUUCCUUGCUUUGGUGUGGAGCUAAGGAAACUGAAGGAUCUGCAUUCUAAUGUCACAAAUGAGAGCACUAUAGUGGAGGGAUACCUUCUAUAGGUAUGGUAGAAUCAAUGUGCUUAAAAGUUUUGUUCCAUGUUUGUUUGGCUUGGCCUGGCUUGGCUUACUACAUUACCCUGUAUCCUUAUCCCAAAAUUUUGAGUUCAUUUCAAUGAUUAAACAUUCUUCAUUUGAUGUUUU